CAAGGGACGGAUCCUCCUUCCUAUGAACGAUUCGCCGGCGUGUCUCGGCGCAGGAGGAAGGGAGGAGUGUGCACCGGGGCCGGCGUUGGAGUAGGCGAUGGCGGCUGUCUCCUCUGCUGCGCAUGUUGGGAAAGGAAGGCGGCAGUUCGUGGGACUGGUGUGGACGAAAGCGUUUUCCGUCUCCUGUAGGCACCGGCAAAAGAAGAAAUGGGCAGCCACCCGUCCUCGGAUCUCUUCUACCAGGCUGGCUUUGCAGAACUUUGACAUGAACUACAGUGUGCAGUUUGGCAGCCUCUGGCCUUCGAUCCGUAUCAGCCUUCUCUCAGAACAGAAAUAUGGAGCUCUUUUCAACAAUUUCUCUGAUAUACAGCGGAUGACCCAGGAACUGGAAUGUCUGAAUGCUGUGGAUUUCAUUUGGGAAUCUCAGAAAGUGGUGCAAGAUCUGAAUUCCGCAGCAGGACAACAGGCUAGCAAACCAGCUGUGUCAACAGGAACUUUGGCUGUACCUGCUGAAUCUCAAGCACAGCCACAUCCUUGUCUUUCUACACUAAUUAGUCCCAACAUCAGAUGUUACAUAUUCCCCAAAGGAGACAUCAGCCUCUUUCCUCCUGCCAGACCAGACACGCUUGGAAUCCUGGGCUACUACCUCUUGGAUGCUGCAUCAGUCCUGCCUGUAUUGGCUCUCAAUGUGCAGCCUGGUGACUUAGUCCUUGACCUCUGUGCAGCACCAGGUGGAAAGACGCUAGCACUUCUACAGACUGGAUGUUGUCGAGAAUUAGCAGCCAAUGAUGUCUCUAUUUCUCGCACUGGCCGGUUGAACAGAGUUCUCCGUAGCUACAUCCCCCCAAACAUCUGUGACAUAGUGCGGAUUACAUCGUGGGAUGGCAGGAAGUGGGGAGACCUAGAGGCAAACACUUAUGACAGGGUGCUUGUGGAUGUGCCAUGUACAAAUGACCGGCAUUCAGUCAUGGAAGAGGACAAUAAUAUAUUCAAAAACAUGAGGAAAGGAGAGCGUCAGAUGUUGCCAAUGCUCCAGCUGGAGUUGCUCAUUGCUGGGAUCCUUGCUGCCAAGCCAGGAGGAGAGGUGGUUUACUCGACGUGUUCCUUAUCUCAGCUACAAAAUGAGUGCGUGGUUGAGAGAGCAGUGGAGUUACUAAACAUCCAAUACAACAUUGAUGUCCAUGUUGAAGACUUGAGCAUUUUCCGGAGACUAUUUCAGGACACGUUUUCUUUCUUUCCAAACUGCCGACUUGGAGAGCUUGUUGUUCCCCACCUCACAUCCAACUUUGGUCCCAUGUAUUUUUGCAAAUUGCGCAGAGUGGGAUAGAAGAGACAGAGUAUGCUGUAGAAAGAGGGAGAAUGGGUACCCAGCUUUGCAUCUGACAUCUUGGUGAUAUUAUGGGGUGGCGGCAAUUGAAUUUACAAGACAGCACAAAUGUUCUUCUUGAAUGACUGCACCUUGGGCUUUACAUGUAACUCACAGCCCGUAAUUGUUGCUAAAAACCUUUUCCCUUCAUAGGCAGUCCAUGUGAGUGGGGAACAACAUUUAUGUGCCUGUGCCUGGAGCAUCCAUCUAAAUCACAUACCUGUGAAUGCUGCACUAUACCCAUUAGAGGUAUUUAAACAUUGCUUCUGUCAUGUGGAUCACCUGCAUGGCAAAGGUUUUGGUCAGUUACCUCUCAUAUUUCCCAAGUAGAGUGUGGUAACCAAGAACUGCUGAAUAAA